CAAAAAUUAAAUCAUGAGAUAAACUUUUGGCCACCAGUGGUUGAGAAGAGUUAAGCAACCAUGUUGUCUUAGCUACUAUGAAGUAUGAACUUAUAAGUAAGAGCACUUCUACAACUAAGUCCACAAACCUACAAGAAACAAAUGGGUUUCCUUCUUCAGCUACAAUAUGUUUGUGGUUCUGUUUUCUUGGUUUUCUUCUGCAACCUAUGGAUUGGGAGGCUUCUAAGGAAGAAAAGUAGCAUGAAACAGUACACGGAGGCUCCUCAGCCAUCGGGGGCCUUGCCCGUAAUCGGCCAUCUUCAUCUCCUCAAAGGGCCAAAGCCUCUUGCUCAGGUACUAGGAGACAUGGCAGAUAAGUGUGGUCCAGUUUUCAUGCUGCGAUUAGGCCAGCGACGGAUGCUUGUUGUCAACAAUGAGGAAGGAGCAAGGGAUUGUUUAUCUACCAAUGAUAAGGCUCUUGCUUCUCGUCCUGCUUAUGCAGCCGGAAGGCAUAUGGGCUAUGACAACGCUGUGUUAGGUUUUGCACCUUACGGCCCGUAUUGGCGCUUGAUGCGCAAGAUAUCCACUAUUGAGCUCCUCUCAAACACUCGUCUUGAGAUGCUCAAGCAUGUUCGAUCGAUGGAAGUUGAUAUGUUCAUGAAGGAACUGCAUGGGAUGUGGGUAAAGAACAAGCAAAGACCAAUUAAGGUUGACAUGAAACAAUUACUAGGGGAUCUAGCUUACAAUAUAAUUGUCAAUAUGGUGGCUGGGAAGAGAUAUUUUGGCUCUACCGUCUACGCCUCUGAUGAAGCAUUGAGAUUUAGAAGGGCAGUUACUCAGUUCUUCAAGCUAUUAACCGCUUUUGUUCCAUCAGACAUGUUUCCUUUUCUGAAAUGGGUUUAUGUGAAUGGGAAUGAAACUGCAAUGAGAUCUGCUGCGCAGGACAUGGAUUCACUUAUGAGUAACUUGAUUGAGGAGCAUCGGCAAAGGAGGACUUCUCAAAAGGCUAAUGAUGACUGUGACUUUAUAGAUGUGAUGUUAUCGACAAUGGAAGAUGUCCAGCAUCCGGAAAUGGAUCCAGAUAAAGCUAUCAAAGCCACCUCCCUGGCUAUGAUAUUUGGGGGCACUGACAACACAAUAAAGUCUAUGGUACACACCCUAGCAGCCCUACUGGAUAACACACACGUGUUAGAAAAAGUCCAAGAGGAAUUGGAUGCGGUGGUUGGCAAGAACCGGCUUGUUGAAGAAUCUGACAUAAAGAAUCUAGUGUACCUUCAGGCUGUCAUCAAGGAGGCAUUUCGAUUGUACCCAGCAGCUACAGUGAUUGUGCCACAUGUGGCCAUAGAAGACUGCCAAAUACAGGGGUAUCACAUCCCAGUAGGAACCCAAGUACUUGUGAACAUUUGGAAGCUGCAAAGGGACCCAAAUGCAUGGUCUGAUCCAUACAGGUUCAAGCCGGAGAGAUUUUUGUCCAGGAGCUCAAUCGAUGUGAGGGGCCAACAUUUUGAGCUAAUUCCAUUUGGAUCAGGAAGGAGGGCAUGCCCAGGGAUAUCAUUUUCACUGCAAGUGAUGCACCUUACACUUGCUCGUUUGAUUCAAGGGUUUAAAUUUCAAGUGAGAGGGAAUGCCCCCAGUAAUCGUUAUCUAGCCCCAGAUAUUCCCAAUCUCUCCUCAUUAGAAGUCAUGCUCGCCCCACGACUUUCUCCAGGUCUCUUUAUAUGACGAUGAUCAUUGUGUAACAUGCUGGUUUGCAUGUAACCAAAGAGUAUUAUGGUACUUCUGUGUAUGUAGGCACGCAUCUACAUUAAUCACUUACACUAAUAACUAUGGAUACAAUUCUUCUCUUAUAAAUUCCAAUUCUUCUUUCUCAUUAGAAGAUGUCCCAAGCACACACAAAAGCUUCUUAAAGUAAUCCUUAUUAGUAGCAAAUAGUUUAGACUAAUUAAGAGGAGUAAUCUCAAAUCAGUAGUUGUACUACUUAUUUAGCUAAUCUUGCUAUAGUUUACUUUUAGAUUCAUGUUACAUAUUAACAUAGAUAAUAAGUUUGUAGGCAGAUGGGGAGAAGUAAAGCUAUUUUCUGCACUCAGUUCUGGCUUCAGGGAGAGGAUACUGAUUAUCAAUGUGGAUAGAAUGUACAGUGACAUAAGGAAUUAGAUUGUCUAAGUUUAUAAACAAAUUCAAAGAAGUAAGGCAUUAGUACAACUAUUUGUUUUCUUAUAAAAUUUGGUCUUCAACGUCAAAAGUAAACAACAAAUCAUCAGUGUAGGUUUCAGGGUCAACAAAGGUAUUCUCAAAUCUCGAUUCUCAAUGAAGUUAAAUUGGUGGUGAUGGAAGAUGCAUCUCUGAAUGGAGUAAGCAAUCAAAUUUAUCCUCCAAUCCAUUAAUGAUAAAUCUGUUUUAAGGUGCAAAUUAAAAGUGGAGACAAUAAGGGUUUACCUCUAGUUUUCAGAAUGAAAGAAAUUUUAAAAGGAAAUAUAUAAAAUUCAGAUAAUUUGGACUUCAAAAGCCCGUUAUUUGCAUGAAGCCCAUUCAAUGAAUUUAUCAUUGUACAUAUGGACACAAGUUCUCAGUCAAAAUUUUGAAGGAUACCAAAUGGGCUUAGCAUUAUAACAAGCUCCUAAAACUCGAAGACAAUUCAACAGAUUGGGAAUGAACAAUUCGACCAACAGUUGACGUGCACGCUAGAAAAAGUUGGUGAAUGAAGGGUACUACCUUUUAGAUACAAGUAAUCAAAUAUUAAUUCCGGCUACGUUGAUGAAGGCUGAGGAUAACUGAUGGGGACAGAAGCUGAGUAGUCUGGUGACGGCUCCAGCACCAGCAUCCACCCCGGCUUAGUGGGAAUGAGCUAGGUGAACUUGAUUGUUAGUGGGCUAAAACCCCUGAUCGAUAUUCUAUUUCUUUAUGUGAGCACCUCAUAAAUGGGCUCUGAUUAUCAUCCUUAUCAUUUGUACCAAUUUGAAGAAAAAAAAAAACAAAUCAGACAAUCUUCACCUUUCAUCUAUCUUUCGUUUACUUUUCUCUAUUUUUUUGGGACCAAAAAUAAAUAUAGGAAAUGCAUAAGUACAUUAAUUAUCCUAAAUUACUAGAUUGCAUAAGUGAAUUUUAAUCAUAUCAUUGUGUGUCGUGUGUCCAUAGGUUCUAACCGACAAAU